AUGAGCUGCUUCAUCUCUGCUCCCGCGCCCGCGCCCGCCCAACUGCAAGCGAGCUGUCGAUCCCUUCUCGAGGAAUCGCUGAAGAACUACGGUGACGGGCAGCAGACGAAGAUCCGAGCCCGAGCGAGCCAGCCAGACCUCCUCUCGCCCCUCCGUGCCCUCCAUCAUCAACCCGGAGAGGGCUCCUUCCGCCGGGAAACGACCAGCUCCCCCCGAUCCGCUCCGAAGCGAAGCAUGACGACGACCAUCGAGAAUCAACACUUCGGCGGCAUGACUUUCGACCACAUGUCUUAUCCCAACCCGCCCCAAUUCACGAACCCGUGGACGACAGCAUCCUCGCCCGCCCAGAACCAGAAUCUCUACGCCUCCUCCCACCACAUCCACGCCGGCUUGGGACUCGACAUCAAGCCAGAGCACCAGCACCCGCACCCGCACCCGCACCCGCACCCGCAUCAGCAGCAGCAGCACCACCACCCGCAGCAGCAGCAUGCUCCCCGCCUGCACAGCAAUGCCUCGCUGGCCGGAUCAUAUGGAAGCGCCGUCCCCAUCAACGCCGCCGCAGUAGCAACAUCAGGGAGCCCGCUCUUGGCCGACGUCUAUGGCUCCCAGGAUGUGCUCAACAUGUCGCAAGAUCUGCUGAGCCCGUCUCGCGUGAUCGGCCCCGGGUAUGGAGAGAACCACCCCCCCCAACACCAACACCACCACGCCUACUCGAGCGCGUCGUCGCCGCCGCACAACGCCUACGCCCCGGCCCCGUCCCCGUACCAGAACAUGGGAUAUGCGCCCGCGCCCGUCCGGUCCACCUACUCGGUUCCCCAGGAUCACGCGCGGCGACCGUCCCAACCGUCCGUACCAGCCCCGCCCUCGUUCUUCGGCCGCGCCGAAGACGCCCACCGCCCGCGACUCUCGCUGGACGACUCCCUUAUUGACUUCGAUGACAGGGGUCUGCAGGGCGGGUCCCCCCGGAGCUUUGGCGACGCCAUUGAUGCCAGCCGGGGCAUGAUCGCCAUGAGCCAGACCACCCCCCGAAACAUCUACGAAGUCCAAGCCGGGCGCGCCGCCAGGGGAUCAGGUGACGCGUACGGCUUCCCCACCACCCACUCCAGCAGCUCGUCCAUCUCGUCGCCGGGCCACACCUACCCCCCCUACUUCGGGAGCGGCUCGCGAUUAUUCCAACGCCGGCUCGGACAUCGAGUCGGUCUCGUCGCGGACGUUGCCGCGGCCGUCGGGGCUGCUGACCGGGCCGGGGGGGGGAUGCCGCCCGCGCCGGCGUCGAUGAUGGGACAGUUCAGCUCCAAGGUGUCGUCGAGCACGCAGAAGAAGCACAAGUGCAAGAUCUGCGACAAGCGGUUCACCCGCCCGAGCUCGCUGCAGACGCACAUGUACAGCCACACGGGCGAAAAACCGUUCUGCUGUGAAGUCGACGGUUGCGGACGGCACUUCUCGGUGGUCUCCAAUCUGCGUCGGCACCGCAAAGUCCACAAGGGCGAGGCCCGAUCCGAUGCGGGAUCCGAAGAUCAUCACUCCGACGACUAG